GCCCCCACCGCCGCCCGCGCGAAGAUGGCCGGCUGGCAGAGCUACGUGGACAACCUGAUGUGCGAUGGCUGCUGCCAGGAGGCCGCCAUUGUGGGCUACUGCGACGCCAAGUACGUCUGGGCAGCCACGGCCGGCGGCAUCUUCCAGAGCAUCACGCCAGUAGAAAUAGAUAUGAUUGUAGGAAAAGACCGAGAGGGUUUCUUCACCAAUGGUCUGACCCUUGGUGCAAAGAAGUGCUCUGUGAUCAGAGAUAGCCUGUAUGUCGAUGGUGACUGCACAAUGGACAUCAGGACAAAGAGUCAAGGUGGUGAGCCAACAUACAAUGUUGCUGUAGGCAGAGCUGGCCGAGCAUUGGUUAUAGUCAUGGGAAAGGAAGGUGUCCAUGGAGGGACACUCAACAAGAAAGCAUAUGAACUGGCUUUAUACCUGAGGAGGUCUGACGUCUAAGCAGCCUCUCCCCAUCCACCUAGCAACUGUCUUCACCACCACCCAGUUGUGUUCAGUGCUACCAGACUGUAGAUGGUAGUUUGUGUUUUUUAUUUACCCAUUUCCUAAUGUCAUAAUUCCAGUUACCCUUUGUUCAUUUAUAUGUUAACCACUGUAUGUAACCGAGUCCCGUAUCUGGCACCGUUACUGCACCACAAAGAUGAUAUGCAUGAUACCUUGAAAAACUCUUGGGAGGGGAAUAUGCCAAGUGUAGGCUUUGCUUUGUCUUAGCAAUUAGUGUGAUAUUGACUAAAACAACUUAAAUACUAAACAAGGUGCCGAUUGUACAAUCUAAUUUGAUCAAUGCCUCUUCAGCACUUUGAGCAAUUACACAGCUCACUAGUCUUCCUUUCACAGAGCAUGGUUGGGAGGAAAAAAGUGCAUGCAUAUCUUUACUUCUGUCCCUCUCUUUUUUUCUCCUUUUAAAUCCACAUUUGUUUGCUUACACCCGUUUUUAUAGUGCCUGGUUUGUUUAACCGAUUUGCCACUCAAAAGCUAUUAAUGUCACGUUAGUUUUGUCGUUGCACUUCACUGUAGGCUUAAGUCUUUUAUUUUUUCUUCAUGAUGUCUGAAGCUUGUACUGCUUAACAAGUGCAAUCACAAAACUAUGAAAGGGUACAGAUGCACUUCCUCCCAUGACCUUAAAACCACCAUCCUGAACGAAUCCCCAGAGACAUUCCAUCCUUGCAAUAGCUCAGGCACUUUUUUUUUUUUUUUUUUUUUUUGCCAGCUCCUGUUCUGUAGUUGAAUUGUAAAAGGCUGCCAUUAUGGACACUAGAUAUCCCAACUUAACCAUCUGGAGUGUGUCUGGUUUCAGUUUUUCAUAGGACCAAUUUUAAUUUGCAGCUUGGGGGUCGUGGGGGUAUUUUUGUUGUUUUUGUUUUUUAAUAUGAAACUGCAAUGUCAUUGUGGAAAACUGCCACCUUCAGCUACGCUGGGAGCUCUGCCUGACUCCAGUCUUUCUGCCAGAUCACUUGCUGGUAAAGAGUUUUGCUCCUCUGAAGCCACUGUUUGGAUGAAGGUUGGUAGUUUGAAUGCUAAACUGUCAAAGUGAUGCCAUUUCAAAUUUAAACUCUUCAUUUGGCCUGUCACACCCUAGCUGCAGAAAUUAUGGAGUGAACUGCCUUGUGCACUAGUCAUCUGAAAUGUCUGUAACCAAACUCUCAGUUCAGGCACGGUACUAACUUGUAUGUCCAUUUAAAGAGAACUGCAGAACUCUGUAUACAAAAGAAUAAAUGGGAGAUGGUAUUGGUUGGAAUAACUGACUUGGCUGUCUUGUGAUGAAUUUUUUAAUAUGUAUUCUGUGCCAUACUAUUGUUUAAAAAAAAAAAAAAUGAACUGUUGCUAUUGUGAGAUGGAUUUUAACUGACUACGAGGGUUUCUGUCGAAUGGCACUACUUUAGGGACAUUCUAGUAUUUGCUUCUGUUGUUGGGCCUUGUGGAUAAUGUACAGAUUUAAACAAAUUCUUGUUGCUGAUUUGUCCAUUUCUUUCCCUGCACUUUGUUACAUCUGGGAUACAGUCUAACUCAUCUGAUUUAAUAUGCAUUUCAAAAAAUGCCAUAACUAUUAAAAACACCUUGUUUACAGACAGAUGAAAUAAAUUUAUUCCA